AUGAUGCAAAAUUGUGGAAUUUGUUAUUAAGAUUAAAAUAUUGUAAAAAUAGAAUGUGGACAUCUUUAUUGCAAAUAGUGUUUAAAAUAACUUUUUGUUAAAUAGCAAGAAUUGGAUCUAGAUAAUUUUAGAUGCCCUUUAGAUGAAUGUAGAAAGAAAUUAACUGAUAAAACAUUGAGUUUAUUUAUUGAAGAUUUUUAAAAAAAAUAUGAACAAUAUUUAAAAUAAGGUGUUUUAUUUGGAUUAAAGGAUAAUGAAAAAAUGAUUUCUUGUUUAAAUAAAAAUUGUAAUUCUUAAUUUAUAAUAUGGAAGGAUGCAGGUAUUUAUUAAAAUUCAUUAUAAUGAGAUACUUUAAAAUGUCCAUAUUGCAAAUUAGAAUAUUGCUUAAAAUGCAAAUUAGAAAGACAUGAUGGUUUUAAGUGUAUUUAAGCAUUAAGAUUGAAUCAAGUAACUAAAACUAGAGUAGCAUUUUUGGAAUAAAUUAAAUCUUCUAAAUUUUAACAAAUUUGUCCACAUUGUUUAACAGCUGUAGAAAAGAAUAAAGGAUGUAAUUUUAUGACAUGUUAAUCAAAAUCUUGUAGUUCAAAAAAAUACUUCUGCUUCAAAUGUGGAGAACCUUUAAAAUAAUCUGAAUCAAUAAGUCAUUUCGAAAAUGGAGAUUCUUUUUAUGGAAGAUGUAAUUUAAAAGUAAAUGGGAAAUGGGUUGAACAAAAUAAAUUACCUUAAAAUACUAUUCCUUGUCCUUAAUGCUUAAAUACCAAUCCUUUGAAUAGUAAAAUAGAAGGAAAUUUAUUAAUAUGUAAUAGUGAAUUAUGUUCUGAUAAAAUUUAUUGCCAUUUCUGUAAAAUUGAAUUAAAUAACAAUACUAUUUUAGAUCAUUUAGAAACUCAUAAAAAAGUUAAAAAAAACUUUUUGUCGCCUAUAAUUAAAUUGUUUUUUAAAUGA